AUGCUGGUGACCUAUUUGGAAGCCAGCCGGGACCUUUGCGAGACGGACUCAAUUCUUUUUGGCGCCGCGCUGGCAACCUGCCGUAUCAUAGGCGCCAAGGUUUCCACGGCUGGACGCGCUACUGGCCAUAGUAGCGCUAUCCCAGCAUGGAGAAGAAGAACUGAGGAACGUAUCGCAAAGGCUAGAGCUCUCAUCGGCAGACUGAUAUGCUUCAGAUCAGGCAACAACAGGCCAAGAAUUGUGCGCACCGUCAGGAUGGCGUUUGCUGGGACAAAUGUCAGUUUGUCCCAGCCGGAUAUAACGCAAAAACUGACGGAGCGCAUAGAUGAUCUGAAGCAGAGAAUCGCUGCUUGGGGAAACCGGAUUCGGCGAUAUACCGAGAGGUCGACACGGUUCAACCAGAAGCGUCUCUUCCAGAGUGAUCAGAAGAGGCUCUAUGAAUCAUUGGAGCGACCAAUGGUAAGUGGAACGGGUCCAGCGCCGAAUCAGGCCGACACUGUAGCAUUCUGGCGCGGCCUGUGGUCAGAGCCCGUAAACCACAGCGAGGGCCCUUGGACGGAAGUUGUGGCGAGUGAGUGUGCGGGUAUUACGCCCAUGGACCCCGUCAUCAUAACGCCGGAUGACGUAGCUGAGGCGGUCCGUAGGGCCCCGAACUGGAAAAGUCCGGGGCUUGACGGGCUGCAUCACUACUGGCUGAAGGGGUUCAUGGUGUGUCACUCUGUGCUCGCCCGACAGUUUCAAGAGGCUCUCAACCAGAAGUCGCUCCCAAGCCUCUUCACUACUGGGAUCACUCAUUUGGGUUCCUAA